AAAAAUGAAAAGAGUAAUUGUUUAUUUACUACUAAAUGCAACUAAAAGGAUAUUGCACCUAGUAAAUACAUAAGCACAGUUGAUUUGCUAAAUUUCGCGGUAUCACGUGAUGCAAGAUGGUGGAAUAUCACGGAUCUCAUGGAUAAUGCAUUAAAAUUUGACGUUUAUAUCAUUUUUUCAGUAUUCUUAUUCAUUAGUUGAUUUAAAUUCUUCGCUUCCAGACGCAUCUAACGCGCCAGUUGUUUUUGUGAAUCAUGAUUUUCGAAUUUGAACAGCUGUAAAUAUAUUUAACUAAGAAAUCAUGGCAACUUAUAAAAACUUUAAUUUUACAUUAAUCAAAUUUAAUAAUUUGAUUUCAAAUAUUAUCGAAAAAGUUGUACUUUUAAGUCAUAAUAUAAAUUAACCAUAAAUAACCUCUCCACUAAUUUAUACGGGCAAGAUGUUACCUUUGAUUUGAAUAUCAAGCAUUUAUACCGAUAUGAUUUAAUUAAACAUUAUCACUAUGAACGAAGAAACAAACAUUGAAGAUUCUUCAUAUUUAAGUUAUGAAAUAAAUGGUACUAGAUAUAUUUUGCAAACAAUAUCAGAUCCUGCUGUUGACAUAGUAAAAACUGCAUCAAAUAAUCAAGAGCAAACUGCACUUAAUAUUGUAGAUGAAACACAGAUAGAAAAAGAAGAAGAAUCAAUUUCUUUAGUUUGCUUGGAUGGUCAAGUCUAUGCAUUUCAAAAUGGUGAAUUACAAGAAUUAGAUUUUAGUCAAGUUAUAGACCAAAAUGAACUGCAAGAAAAAACAGUUUUAUUAUCUAAAGAUAAUGACAAUUGCGAAACACAAUAUAUUACCAAUGAAGAUUUAAUAAUUGACAACAUCGAUGAACAUGCUCAAGAACAGUUUGAGGUUGUUACAGGACAGAAUGAAAAGAAUUUUAUUGUAGAAAAGCAUAAUGUAAAUGCUAAUGAUUUUGUGGAAGUUGUAACAGCAUUCAAAUGUAAAAUAUGUACUUAUACCACUCAAGAUAAAACACAGUUAUUACAACAUUUUCAGAAAACACAUGUGAACCCAAAAAUAGAUGUAGAAGUAAAAGAAGAAUCAAAAAAUACAGAUGAAGUAAAAUUGCUAUAUAUGUGUGGAGAAUGCUCUAAUUGUUUUCCUUCUAUAGAAGAUUGCAAAGAACACAUGAUAAAUGAUCAUCAGUUAACAGCUACAGGAGGUAAUAAAAGUGGGAAAGAAAAUAUUACAGAUGAAUCAAAAGACACUGGUUUAUUGGAUGAAUGUAUAAGGCAGAGUGUUGAAAACAAUGAUAUAAAACGUCAAGUAAAAAUUCAGAAACCUUUAAAUUCUGAAUACAUGCUCAAUAAAAAGAUGAUUGAAUUGAUGGAACGGAAUAUAAAGUGUUCUUAUCGAGGAUGUCCAUACAAAUUCUCUUCAGAGGAAACAAUGCAGCAACAUGCACUUUGUCAUACAGAAUCACAAAAUGGAACUGCAUUUAAGUGUACUGUUUGUCGCGAUAUGAAAUUUACUAAAUGGAGGCAGUGUAGUUUACAUCUUUGGAAAAAGCACCAAAUUGACAUAGGUCUGUUUACUUGUAAAAUAUGUAAAGCAUAUAAAAGUGCAACAAUGGUGAAACUUUUGACUCAUAUGCGAGUACACAGCGAAACUCGAGAAUAUGAAUGUUCAGAAUGUGGUAAAUGCUUUAAACAAGCGAGUCAAUUGCGUAAUCACAGAGUCAUGCAUUUAGAUCGUAAGACACUGGAAGUAACACGUUGGUAUACUUCCAAAAAAUGUGAUAUGUGUGGAAAGACUUAUGCCAACUCGAAAUGUUUAAAAAGUCAUAUACAGGCAGUACAUUCAAAGUUGCGACCAUACGUUUGUAAUGUUUGUGGGCAUUCUAGUGCUAGAAAAGCUAUGUUGCAAAUGCAUUUACGUCAACAUACCGGCGAUAAACCUUUUAGUUGUGAACUUUGUGAAUACAAAACUGGAGAUCAUAACACAUUACGUCGCCACAUCAUGCAACAUACAGGAUUUAGACCUUAUAAAUGCCCACAUUGUUCGUAUACUGCGAUACAAAGUAGUAGUUACAAAAAUCAUUUAAAAUCUAGACAUCCUUUAUUAUCCGGUUUAUUUACAUGUGAUUUGUGUCCAUUUAAAACUGUGAAAAAUGAAAGUUACAUACAGCACAUAAGAGAUCAUGAAAAAGGAUUGAUUAAAGCAAAUAUGCAGAAAAAAGAUGGUGAAAAUGUCGAAGUUUUUCCCGGUAAUAUCGCAGCGGCACAAUUAAUAUACAGUUGUUUGGGUGCUUUCUCGAAAGUAGGAGAUACUUUAGAAGCAAACUUAAUGUCUUCCUCAACGUCUGCAGAUGGUACAUCACAAACAAUUACAAUACAAAUACCAUCAAAACAUCUUGAGGGAUCACUGCCAACGAGAGAAAGCGAAACUAAAAAUGAUUCAACGAUCGAACAAGAAGACGAAGAAACGAUGCACUGCUUUUUAAAGAUUCCAAGGGAAGAAGAAGAAAGUAUAGAUACGGGCGGUAUAACUAUACCGGCAGAACCCGAGGAAUCAGGUGUAACAACAAUUAACGUUGAUACAUGAAAAUAUAAAAAGUUAAGUUACUCAAAAAGAUAUUUCUGCAUAUUUAGAAAUACCAGUAAACAACUUUUAAAAGGCAAAUGAUGAAAAGAUACUAGUCACGCGUUACUUAGAUGAUACGAAUCAAUUUGUUCUUUUUUCACAGAAAGUUAGGAUUAAUGAUCUAAUUUUUAAAAAAACUUCAUUGUGAUAAUAUUUUUGGGACUGUAUAUCAUGUUUACGACGAAAAAAUUUGAUACUUCAAAUGUUCUAUUUAAAAAAAGUUGAACAAUUUUUGUAUGUUAUUUAAAAAAAAGAAGGGAAAAUUUUUAAACAAAAUAAAAAAUUUUCAAUUAUUUAAUUGAGUUAAUAAGCUUUACGUUCACAUCAAUUAAAAAAAAAGUUAUAUUUCGUUCUCAAAUAAUUCAUGGCUAAAAAAAUUAAAAUAAUUUUUAGAUCUUUUUAUUUUAUUUUUAUUACACAAUUCAUGUAUCAUAUUAGAAGAACACGUUUAGUAUUUUAAAUGUAUUUAUUGAUAAUUAAUAGGAAAUUAGUAGAAGUGUACAUAAAAAUUGUAAAAUAAUAGUUUGGAAACUGUUGUAAAAUGUAAAUUACAAUACUUCGUAUGGUUCACAUUAAGAUUAAAAUAAUAUUUUACACGAUGGAUGAAGGAGAAGUUUUCUAGCAUUUUUGACUUAGUUAGCCAUCAGGUAAAAAUAACACUUAUUGCUAUGGAAGAAUGAAUUUAAAAUCUUUUUGUUUAAACGUUUACAUAUUAAUUAUUGAGUUUCACAAAUAUGUCCUCACAAAUUGAAAUUUUAGUAUCAAUUUGCUUAAGUGCAAGAUUUGUGAAAAUGGUAACUGUUGGAGGCAUAAACAUAUUAA